GUGAAUCAUCCGACGAGGUGUUCAGUGUUUGGGAGAUCCCGAACUCAGAAGCUGCCUCACUCGGUCCGGGAGCGUCUGACUGUCCAGAAGCGCAGUGAUGCGAGUGCACAGCCCGCGGGCGAGCCUGGUCGCUCUGACAGCUCUCCUCUGUAUCUCCGCUGUCUGGGGUAGCAAUAAGUGCAAAGGAGCUUUGACAUGUGCAAAGUGUCUGGAAAUAGAGCCGUACUGCGCCUGGUGUUCACAGGAGGAUUUCGGAGGAAGCAGCGCUUCGAGAUGUGACCUAAAGGAGAACUUAAUUCGAAAAGGUUGCAGAGAGAAUGCAACUGAAUUUCCACAAGGCUCCUUCAAAAUUCUUCAGGAUAUACCUUUGAGUGACAAAGGGUCCGGUGAUAAACCAGACAAAACUGUGCAAUUCUCGCCUCAAAAGAUUGCCAUCAAUUUGCGCCGAGGGGAAUCCAGGUCGUUCACCGUGCAUGCACGUCAGGUCGAAGACUAUCCUGUCGACAUCUACUACUUGAUGGACCUCUCAUUCUCCAUGAAGGAUGAUUUGGAAACCAUCCAGCAACUUGGCACAAAGGUGGCCGCAGAAAUGGCCAAGAAGACCAGCAACCUGCAACUGGGCUUUGGAGCUUUUGUGGAUAAACCUGUCUCUCCGUACAUUUACAUGACAACAGAGGAAGAACUGAAAAACCCUUGUGUCAGUUUUAGUAGUACGUGCACCCCUGUGUUUGGAUUUAAACAUGUGCUGAAACUCACGGAAGAGGUGAGCAGGUUUAAUGAUGAAGUGACCAAACAGCAGGUUUCUCGAAACCGUGACACACCAGAGGGUGGGAUGGACGCCGUGCUCCAGGUCUCGGUGUGCAAGGAGGAGAUUGGUUGGCGCCAAGAGGCCACCCACAUGCUGGUCUUUGUCACUGACGCCACCUCACACUUGGCUCUGGACGCAAGGCUGGCUGGUAUCGUGCGCCCCAACGACGGGCACUGCCACAUGGGUCUAAACCAUGAGUACAAUGCCUCAGCUAUUCAGGAUUACCCAUCACUUGCUCUGGUGACUGAAAAGCUCACAGAAAAUAACAUCUACCUCAUCUUUGCAGUAACCCAGCCAGUCACUGAAAUAUACCAGAAUUACAGUAGAAUGAUUCCUGGUACCACCGUUGGGACAGUCUCCAGGGAUUCAAGUAAUGUCCUGCAACUCAUUAUAGAUGCUUAUGAGCAAAUCCGUUCCCGGGUGGAAUUAGAAGUUUUGAAUCUGCCAAAAGAACUGUCAGUGUCCUUCGAUGCUUUCUGUGGGAAUGGCAAGUUAAUUCCAGGACAGAGAUUUUGCACAGGGCUUAAGAUCGGAGACACAGUGAAUUUUACAGUGAAACUGGAGGCCAGGGAGUGUCCAAAAGAUGAGAAGGUGAAGACAUUUACGCUGAAGCCGAUUUUGUUUAAGGAUACUUUGGAGAUCACCGUCAAUUUCAGUUGUGGUUGCGACUGUGAGAGCGAAGCGGUGGAGAACAGCACAGUGUGCAGCAAUGGCAAUGGAACCUACGAGUGCGGAGUGUGCAAGUGCCACCCGGGCCGCUUUGGACCUUUCUGUGAGUGCAAGGAAGGGGAUGGCUUGACUAUCACACAGGAUACCUGCUCACCAAGGAAAGGCGACCCCAUUUGCAAUAACCGUGGGGAGUGCAUCUGUGGACAGUGUGUCUGCCACAGCAGUGACUUUGGGAUCAUAUCCGGAGAGUUUUGUGAAUGUGACGACUUUUCCUGUGGGCGCCACAGGGGAAAAUUGUGCUCAGGGAACGGCCGAUGCCAGUGUGGAGAGUGCAGCUGCUUUCCCGGCUGGACUGACAGUUACUGCAACUGCAGCACCAGCACAGAUGACUGCAUGCCCCCCGUGGGGCCCAUGUGUCACGCCCGAGGCGAGUGUAAAUGCGGGAAGUGCGUGUGUACAGGAGGGGCGUACGGCGACCAGUGUGAGAAGUGUCCCACCUGUCCCGAUGCCUGCAACUUCAAAAAAGGCUGUGUGGAGUGCAAGGUUUUUAACACAGGAGAGCUGAAGGAAGAGGACAAGUGUGAGAAGGUGUGCCGAGACGAGAUCCGAUUCGUGGAGACGUUGGAAAUAAAAGCCAAGGAUGCUGUUACCUGUAGCUACAAAGACGAGAAUGGCUGCAUCGUUCACUUUGGUUACCACGAAGAAACAAAUGGAAAAUCCAUUCUGUCCGUUAUUCAAGAACCAGAAUGCCCACCCCCGUUGAACCUGCUGAUCAUUAUCCUGCCUUUGAUGGCUGCCAUCCUCCUCCUGGGCCUGAUUGCAUUGCUGAUUUGGAAGCUGCUGGUCACCGUCCAUGAUCGCAAGGAGUUUGCAAGGUUUGAGGCAGAACGGGCCAAGGCGAAAUGGGAGAUGGCCAACAACCCUCUGUAUAAAGGGCCAACGUCAACCUUUACAAACCUAACCUACAGCGGCAAGGCGGAUUGAAGGAGACCUCGUCGAAAGGGGACACUGGACAGCUUCAAUUGGGUUACGCUGAGCACAAAACCAAGGGGCUUGGGAAUUUCUUUUUUAAUGUGAUGGCAUUGCUUCACUGUCCUGUGAUGAACUACACGCAGCAACAAUUUCACCUGUAAAACCCACCUACCCAGCGCACUGGACUUUGAAACUACACUGAGCCUGGUCUCCUUUGCCAGGAGGUCUUGGAGCCUUUGUAACCAUUGCCUUAAGCACUUAACUCAGGACUGGUUGAGAGGUUUGGAGAUACCUAAAUAUUGCCUCUAUUAUUUAUAAAUGCACUUUAGCACGCUCUGCUUUACAGAAGGUUAGGCAGGACAGAGGGAAGCGUCGUCCACGGGCAGGAGGGUGGUAUUUGGUAAUUGAUUUAUUAAUAUCACAUAUACUAAGAUACGGUGAAGAGCUUUUUGUUUGCCUGCCAGCCAGACAGAUCAUUCCAUACAUUUAAGAUCGUUGAUAAAUGAAUCAGACAUUAAGAAUUAGUUUUACAAGUAAUCUGUAUAGGUGGUGGAGCUAGAUUCAAUAGGUGGUGGAGCUAGAUUCAAUAAUAAUUUUCAAUAGGGGAAUUGGAUGUAUAUAUUUUUCGAUGAAGGAAAUUUUGCAGGGUUUUAAGGAAAGAGCAGUGAUGUGGGGCCAAUCUGAUUAUACUUUCAAAGGGAACAGCACAGAUGUAAUGGGUUGAAUCACCCGUGUUACAGUGAAGUCCCUUAAUUUUGUGUACAGACCGGAGGGUCCCCCCACUCAUUGCUAAGUGUUGAGUUUGGCAGACCUAUUUGGAUUUCCCAACCGGGCUUCAGAGGUGCCAGGUUUAGGGAGGAGUGGGAACAAGACUGUCUCCAUUCCCAGCCACCAUCUCAUUGCUGCUGCUGGAUGUGGCUGUGUUUGGGGAUUGACUGUGCCAAGGACAGAACUGAGCUCCAGUAUGCCGCCCUGUCAGGAGAACUGGACUGUCGGUUCACUGUUUUUGAUCAUCUGACAGAGGAUGAGGAGGAUUCUUAGCCUGUGGAGCCUGAUCUCCCCAAAGGUUGCCAACUUUAGAAACCAAGGGGAGUGAUGGGUCUUUAAGGCUCUGGAAUCUGGAAUAAUUUCUUAUUCCAAGUUCCUCCCAGAUUGACCACGUUGUGCAGAUACAUUGGGAACUCCACACUUCACCAUUGUAGGUACCAGAACUUCACUCCCAUUUGACUGAGUCUCUUGUAAUCUGUUUUCCAAACGCUGGAGACCAUUGGGCUACACCCAGGAAGGUUGCGCAACACAGUAUGUAAUUGGUUGAACCGUGCUCCAUUCACAUCCCUCCUGUUGGGGGCUCAGGGGCAGAGGGCACUGCCCCCGGGUGGGGGAGAGCUGUGCUGGGGUCCGACCACUGCAAUUGGCACCCCCUCCCUUGGUCAACCAGGUUGAAGGUGGGAAGAGCAGAGAAUUCUCAGUUCCAGUGACCUUCCGAGGCUCCCGCUUGCUAAAUCCAGAUGUGCUGAUGUAGAAACAGAGAGAGGUUAAAACUGGAAACAAAUGUGAGCAGGUUCUGGAAUAUAUUAGCAUUUAUUUUAAUUCCUAGUUAUUGACUGCUGUGUAAAAUGCCAUUAAAAUGUUUGUGUCUGUAUAGUAAGCCUUUUAAUCAUUUGGGAGUGUGGAAGGAGUACUGCUGAUUCAUCUGACCAUGUAUGCACUGAGCAUAAACCAAAGAUCACUCACCUCAGAUUCCCUCAGCACUGUUCGAUUCUGCUGGCCACAACUGUGCGUGGGAAGAACACAAAGCUAGCCUACAAUAUUGAGUUGCAUUUACAUGACGUCUUGGACGCAGACAAAAGUGAGCAAAGAAACAAGAUGCUGGAGGAUCUCAGCGGGUCGGGCAGCAUCUGCGGAGGGAAAUGGACAGACAACGUUUUGGGUCGAGACCCUUCAUCUGGACUGAAAGAUAGAGGGGAGAUGGCCGGUAUAAAGAGGUGAGGGGGAGGGGUGAGGCAAGAGCU